GGCCGCCUCUCCGCUGUUGCUGCCGACUCAAAGCUCACAGACUCGCUCGGCAUCUCAAACCGCCAUUUUGGAGUCAGAGAACCGAGAGUCGGCAGCAGCGACGAGAGAGACUGAAAGGCGGACACGGGGCCGAGGCUUUUCAUCUUGAUCAUUAGUGUUGGAAUCGAAAAUCAAUGGCAUCCAUUAUUGAGAAGUAAAAGGUCCUGCCCUGCUGGGCAGAGGUGGUCUGUGGUGUAUGGCGUCAGGGCAGGGUGGCCAGCUGGAGGUUGGGGUAUCAGGGGCCUCCAACCUAGCCAAACCUCUCUACCUGCAGCGCUUAGAAAGAUCCCUGAAGUUGGACAGUUUUUUGCGUCAAACCGCUGCUAUCUUCAACAGAGACAUAACCAGUGAUGAUAGCGAUGACAGCGAGGGUGGACUGGAGCCAGGGAUCUCCCUGGAUGCCACCACUCAUGAUACGGCUUUGACAAUAAAGAAUGAGUCGUGUGAUCAAGGAGAUGGAUUGGCAGAUGGCAAGCCGCUUAAUGGAGUACUUGUGCAAGGUAAAGACCAAAAGGCAAAUAAAACAAGCCUUUACAAUUUUUCUAAGCUGAAGAAGAACAGGAAAUGGCUGAAGAGUAUCUUGUUGAGUGAUGACACCACAGACUCAGAUACAGACUCAGAUGACGCUAACUUCAGCAUGUCUCGGGAAGAACUACAUGACAUGCUGAGGCUCCAUCGUUACACGAGGCAGCAUCAGAGCAACUUCUACUCUGACCGGGAGCUUCACCAAUAUCAGUACUACAGCACAGGACUCUUAUCUACUCAUGAUCCCUUCUAUGAGCAACAACGCCAUCUGCUGGGUCCAAAGAAAAAGAAAAUCAAAGAUGAGAAGAAAUUUAAGGCCAAACUAAAAAAAGUAAAGAAGAAGAAGAAACGGGGAGAGGGAGAAUUUGUGGAUGAGGAGCGUCCCUUCGUCACCAAAAUAUUUGCUAAGUUUUCCCAUGAUGCUCCGCUGCCCAUGGUGAAGAAAAAACAUCUCACCGUCGAGCAGCUGAAUGCUCGCCGACGCAAAGUCUGGCUCACCAUUGCCAAAAAAGAAAUCCCCAAGUCCUUCAAGCAGAAGACUUCUGCUAAGAAUCUGGUAUUAACCAAUGCAAAAAAGCUGGCUCACCAGUGCAUGCGAGAGGUCCGGCGUGCAGCUAUUCAGGCUCAGAAGAACUGUAAAGAAACAUUACCCCGUGCCCGGCGUCUUACCAAGGAGAUGAUGCUCUACUGGAAAAAAUAUGACAAGGUGGAAAAGGAGCACAGAAAGAGAGCCGAGAAGGAAGCCCUGGAGCAACGUAAACUCGAUGAAGAAAUGAGAGAGGCCAAGCGUCAGCAGCGCAAACUGAAUUUUCUCAUUACCCAGACGGAGCUGUAUGCUCAUUUUAUGAGUGGUAAAGCUAGCGUGGGGGCUCCAGGUGGAGAUGCGGCACAGGAGGAAAUUCUGAGAAAACUUGAAGACACUGCAGCCCAGAGACAGAUAGACAUUGGAGGAGGAGUAAUGGUCAACAUGGGACAAGAGGACUAUGAUAGCGAAUACUACAAAUCCCAGGCUUUGAGGAAUGCCCAAGAGGCCUACCAGAUUCAUCAGGAGAGAACGCGAAUGUUCGAUGAAGAGGCUAAAGACAGUCGCAGUGCAUCCCUGCAUGCAGCUGGCAGCUUGUCCACAGGAGCCGGCUCUGGGUUCGGAGAAAGCUACAGCCUUUCAAACCCAUCCAUCCGUGCAGAUGAAGACAUUCCUCAGCCCACCAUCUUCAACGGAAAACUCAAGGGCUACCAACUCAAAGGCAUGAACUGGCUGGCUAACCUUUAUGAACAGGGAAUCAAUGGAAUCUUGGCAGAUGAAAUGGGACUGGGAAAGACGGUUCAGAGUAUCGCUUUGUUGGCACACUUAGCAGAGAGAGAUAACAUCUGGGGUCCAUUCCUGAUCAUCUCUCCAGCGUCCACACUCAACAACUGGCAUCAGGAGUUCACCCGCUUUGUGCCAAAAUUCAAGGUGUUACCGUACUGGGGAAAUCCUCACGAUCGGAAAGUGAUUCGGAAAUUUUGGAGCCAGAAAACCCUUUACACGCAAAAUGCACCGUUCCACGUGGUCAUCACGAGCUACCAGCUGGUGGUCCAAGAUGUCAAGUACUUUCAGAGGGUCAAGUGGCAGUACAUGGUUCUAGAUGAAGCCCAGGCACUGAAAAGCAGCACAAGCGUUCGGUGGAAAAUCCUCCUGCAGUUCCAGUGUCGGAACAGACUUCUGCUAACCGGGACGCCCAUUCAGAACACAAUGGCUGAGCUGUGGGCCCUGCUGCAUUUCAUCAUGCCUACGUUGUUCGAUUCCCAUGAAGAGUUUAACGAGUGGUUCUCCAAGGACAUAGAGAGCCACGCUGAAAACAAGUCUGCCAUCGAUGAGAAUAGCAGAGUUUAUACUUUAUUAUCUGAAACUUUCGUCAUGUUUCUCAUAAACAAGAUUGAGAUCCUGACUUACUGUCAGCUGACCUCCCGGCAAAGGUUGCUCUACCAGGCUCUGAGAAACAAGAUCUCUAUCGAGGAUCUGCUGCAGUCCUCGAUGGGCACGGCCCAGCAGGCUCACAGCACCACCUCCUCCCUCAUGAAUCUGGUCAUGCAGUUUAGAAAGCUCUGCAACCACCCUGACUUGUUUGAGCGUCAGGAGACCCGCUCACCUUUCCACAUGUCCCUCAAGCCCUACGUCAUGUGCAAGUUCCUCUACCGUCAUGGCCUCAUUCACACGCACAAUCAGACCAGGAAAAAAUUACUUCAAGUGCUGCUGUCUCCCUUCUCCCCGAAUCACAUACAGCAGUCUCUCUUUCACAGGAAAGGUGAUGACAAAGGAAGCUGUUUCUCCUUCUUGCGUUUCAUUGACGUGUCACCAGCUGAACUGUCCAAUCUUAUCCUCCAAGGCACCUUAGUAAGGUGGUUAGCCCUUUUUCUGUCUCUGAAAGCUGCAUACCGGCUCCAUCAUCAGCGCCUGUUCGACCUUGAAGAACAGGGCCAGGAGGAAGCCGGAGACGGGGAGGCUUGCAGAGGAAAGUUACAGCCAGGGAUUAAGUGUCUGUCUCGCAAGGACCUGAUUCUGUGGCUGAACAGACCCAUUUCCUUCGCCAACAUGCACAACAGUCCUGUUUUGCAGGAUUUGGUGUUCACGGCCUCCAGGCCCGGCGUGGUGGGGCACACAGAUGUAAAGGUCCACUGCAGAAAAUUGGGCACCUUUACAAUCCGAUCCUGCCAGCCCACGCUGCCACCUAAGUUCCUGCUAGCCGCCACACCCAGGGUUCUUCCCACUCAGGGCCACGACCUCUCGGUCAAACACCAUCGUGUGUCUGUCACAGGGUCGAAUGCAGAUAAGGAAAGCCUGAUUACAGAAAGUGGAAAGCUCCACACCUUGGAUAUCCUGUUGAGUCGACUAAAGGCUCAGGGACACAGAGUCCUCAUCUACUCUCAGAUGACUCGCAUGAUAGACCUGCUUGAGGAGUACAUGGUUUAUCGCAAGCACACCUACAUGCGCCUCGAUGGAUCCUCCAAGAUUUCUGAGCGCAGGGAUAUGGUGGCUGACUUCCAGAGUCGAACGGAUAUCUUUGUCUUUCUGCUGAGCACACGGGCCGGAGGGCUUGGCAUUAACCUGACUGCUGCUGACACUGUUAUCUUCUAUGACAGUGACUGGAACCCCACAGUGGACCAACAGGCCAUGGACAGGGCUCACAGGCUGGGUCAGACCAAACAGGUCACCGUCUAUCGCCUCAUCUGUCAAGGCACCAUCGAGGAGAGGAUACUGCAGCGGGCCAAGGAAAAGAGCGAGAUCCAAAGGGUAGUGAUCUCUGGAGGCAACUUCAAGCCAGACACGCUCAAACCCAAAGAGGUGGUCAGCCUGCUUUUGGACGAUGACGAGCUGGAGAAGAAAUUGCGCCAAAGGCAAGAGGAGAAGAGGCAGCAAGAGGAGAGCAGCAAGGUGAAGGAGCGCAAGAGGAAGAGGGAGAAGUAUGCUGAGAAGAAGAAGAACGAGGAGCUGGAGAACAAGAGGAAAAAGGAAGUGAACCUGGUCAUUUCCCACGCCCCCUCAGCAGACAACUCUAACUUGUCGGCAGAUGGAGACGACUCGUUCAUCAGCGUCGAGAUGGACUCGGCCAUGCCCAGUCCUUUCAGCGAGAUCUCCUUAAGUAGCGAGCUCCAGCCCGGCUCAUUACCUCCUGAUGCCGACGCGGAUGAGAGCAGCAGCGACAUGCUCGUCAUCGUGGAUGAUCCGCUUUCUUCCGCGCCUCAGUCUCGUGCCACCAACUCACCCGCCUCUGUGUCUGGAUCAGUCUCUGACAAUAUGAAUGGUGUUUCAGCCUCGGACACAAUCAGUCCAGGCAGAGGCAGGUCCGGGCGGAGUCGUGGGCGGCCUAAAGGCUCUGGAGGCGGUGCCAAGACUGGAGGGAAAGGACGCGGGCGUAAGUCAACUGCAGGUAGCGCAGCAGCAAUGGCAGGAGCGAUGGCAGGCGCGGCAGCUGCUUCGGCAGCAGCUUAUGCUGCUUAUGGCUACAGUGUUUCGAAAGCGGGCCUCUCUGCAUCCAGCCCUCUGCAGACCUCCCUGGGCCGGUCUGGUACCAGUCCUGCCUUUAGCCUCAGCAGAAGCUCCUCCCCCCAGACCAAAGGAGGCACCUCCACCCCGAGCCCCCACAAACAGCUGGCCCACAGCCACCACCACAGCAGCCACGGAGCAGUCAGGAAAGGAAAGGGUCCUGGCGGUCCUGGGGCUCGAUGAUACACGCGUACGCGUAUUCGUAUUAAUAUGCCCUGACAGAUAACUGACCUGCUCUUCACUGUGAUUCCCAGAGAUACCCCCCCGUCCCCUCCCCGCCCACCUAAACUAAUAAACAAGAGUAUUUAUAGUAACUGAGGCUCACUACCUGGAGGACCACGCUCUCCCUUCUGGCUCAGCAACUAAAUAGAAGCUAGAGUAACCACAACAAUUUAAAGGUACAGCCUCAACCAGCCUCUGCAUUUGUUCAUUUAUAGUCAUUUAGUUUUAUUUAUUUUUUUUUGUUUGUCCAGAGCAGUGGACAAAAACACUGCCUUGAGCAUUUUAAUUUUAAUUUUCGACAGAAGUAUUUCUAAGUGCUUUUUUGAGAAGACAAGCUGUAUUCUACUAUUGACGACAGGAAACCCAAAGGCGUGUAGCUCAAAGGGCUUUUCAGAUCCUUGGGUUUGCCCGGGUAGCGAGAAAAAGGAGUUCCUGUCAAAUGCACUGAGCCACGUCUUCCCUUGUUUUUUAUUUUUAAUUGUUAUUUUGUUUAGAUUUUUGUUCUGUGUUACUGAUUCUCCUACAUGCACAUUUGGUUAUUUAAUUGUUCUGUAGAUAUGUUCAGCGCAAAGCUGGUGGACAAGUCUGCAUUUUACAGAGCUUAAUGUGAACCCACCAUACCAAACAGCUUUUGUACUAAAGCUCCUAUUUUUGUAAUGAAAGAUGUACCGAAACCAACAGGCAGGCAGUUAAAACUGUGUCCAUAAAAUGUGUUCAUGUAUAGGUGGAAAUGGAAAAUUUCUGAUUAUUUUUUUGUGUCCAAUGGGGAAAAUAAUGUAAAAACAAAAAAAGAAAGAAAAGGUCUACUAAAAUAAGGGGUACUGAUUGAUAGAGCAAUGCUGCUAAUGUUAAACGUAUGAAUCGAUUCACAUUUAUUUUGGUUGUUUUAAGUUAUUUAAGUUAAAAAACAGGCGAUUCACAAAAAUUGCGGAAAAAUCUUCACCUGUAAACUGUAAAUUCUGAAUUCUAGAGCCAUUUUUUUCUUACUUUUUCCAAAAUUGUUUUCUGUGAUGAGAAAUCUGUGGUUCUCUUUGAUGUCAUUCAUGUUUCAGAAACAAAAAACAGGAAGAAAAAAAAAGGUGUGCACCAGUGUCCUGAGUUGAGCACUACAUCUGUUCUAAUGGGUUUGUUUUUGUGUUUAUAGCGUGAAUAAAAUGCAAUGUUCUAUAUCGAUUGUACAUAAUGAUGAAUGAAAGCGACAUUUCCUCUGGCUUUUUCUCUCAUUUGCCUGACUAUUUUUAUAAGUCACAUGUACAUAUGAAGAAAUGCAUCUGUCAUUUUACUAACAGGAGUCAACUGAAAAUAAAAGAUGGCGAAAUCUGA